UUUUUGGCCUCGUGCCUGAGCUCCCCUUCGCGAGCCCUCAUCACGCCCCUCUCCUUCUCUUCUCCCCCAACCCCAACCACUCUCCCCACCAUGGCCCCCGCUUCUCCUUCACUCCCAUCCUCAGAUUUACGCUCCAAAUGGAAGAAGCGCAAGCGUGAGAGCCUACUCAAGCGCCACAAGCCCCAGGACGACGACGAAGACGAAGAAGAUGAUGAUGAAGACCCUGCCGUCGCCCCCGCCGCUGAUGACGAGGAAAACGAUGAUGACCCUGCUGCCAAUCACAAUCAUGAUCCUGUGCUUGACCUCCGUGAGUCUGAGAUCCUCUCUGAUGGCGGUGGUGUCCGGAUCUCCGACUUCCCCCUUGCUGUUCGCCGUCUUGUCAACCGCCCUCACCCUUCUGUCCUUGCCCUCGCUGCUGCCGAUCGUGCUUGUCAGUCUUCUCGCCCUUGGACUCGUCCGGUUCUUGAGAACAUCUCGCAUGGCCAGCUCCAGACUCUGUCUGCUGUCCUCCCUGAUAAUCCCUCGCUUUACCCUCCCUCUGAUGUUGAGAAACCCUCGGCUUAUGUUUGCACCCCUCCUCCUCUCAUGGAGGGCAAGGGCGUUGCCAAGCAGCUUCCCGAUGGCCGACACCUUCUGGUUCCCAUGCAUGGCAACUGGUUCUCUUUGAAUACUGUUCACCGGUUGGAGAGGCAGGUAGUGCCACAUUACUUUUCAGGCAAAUCCAAUGAUCACACUCCGGAGAAGUACAUUGCGCUUCGGAAUAAAAUUGUGUUGAAGUAUGCUGAAGUUCCCGGGAAAAGGUUAUCUUUUGCUGAUUGCCAAGGCCUUGUUUCUAAUGGCAAUGCUAGUGAGAUGUAUGAUCUUAGUAGGAUUGUGAGGUUUCUUGAUCAUUGGGGGAUUAUUAAUUACUUGACGGCCUCGUCCGUGCACAGGGGACUUAGAUUAGCUGGUUCCCUCCUCAGGGAGGAUACCAGCGGGGAGCUUCUCGUGCAAACUGCGCCAUUGAAAUCCAUUGACAGUUUGAUUUUGUUUGAUAGACCUAAGGCUAGUCUUAGAGCUGAGGAUGUGGCUGUGGCUUCUUCUUCCUCAUCAUCUUCAUUGUUGAGUUUGGAUUCUGAGGCUUGUGAUUUGGAUGGUAGAAUAAGAGAGAGGCUCUCUGAAUUUUCUUGCAGUUACUGUUCUCGGCCUUUGCCUAGUUUGCAUUAUCAGUCACAAAAGGAGGCAGAUGUAAUCCUGUGCUCAGAUUGCUUCCAUGAUGCAAAAUUUAUUACUGGCCACUCAAGUAUUGAUUUUCUGAGAAUGGAUUCUAAGAAGGAUUCAGCUGAUCCAGAUGGAGAUAAUUGGACAGAUCAGGAAACUUUCCUCCUGCUUGAGGGAUUGGAAAAAUACAAAGAUAACUGGAAUGAAAUAGCAGAGCAUGUGGGAACCAAAUCAAAAGCACAAUGCAUUCUCCAUUUUAUCCGUCUCCCAAUGGAGGAUGGUUUGCUAGAAAAUAUCGAAAUUCCACAUGUGGCUGAUACAUCACUUGUCUCAAAUGGACAUAAUAAUGCAUUUUCCUAUGCAAAUUCUAAUGGUGAUGUUGUAGGACUUCAUACUCAAGAUUUGAUUUCUGCAAAUCAGCUUCCAUUUGCCAAUUCUGCUAAUCCGGUUAUGUCCCUGGUUGCCUUUUUGGCCUCGGCAAUUGGGCCGAGGGUUGCUGCAAGUUGUGCUAGUGCGUCAUUAGCAGUCUUAACCAAAGAUGAUUCUAGGUCGGGUCAUGAGGGUAUGCAUAACUCACAAGGAACGCAAGCAAACUUGGGUUAUCAAAAGGAUGAGGAUCGAGUUCCAAAUGUCAAAAUGGAGGCUGCUUCUCCUUUGGCUCCUGAACAUGUAAAAUUUGCAGCUAUGUGUGGUCUUUCUGCAGCAGCAAUGAAGGCAAAGCUUUUCGCAGACCAAGAAGAGCGUGAAAUUCAAAGAUUGGCUGCCACCAUUAUUACUCAUCAGUUAAAGAGAUUGGAACUGAAGCUGAAACAGUUUGCGGAUGUGGAGACCUUACUUUUGAAGGAGUGUGAGCAGGUGGAGAGGACUCGGCAGAGAUUCUCUGCUGAGCGUGUUCGGAUGAUGUCAAACCGGUUUGGACAAGCUGGAACUAACCUACCGGCAGCGUCUGCGGGGUUAGCACAAUCAGCCGGUGUAAGCGCAAACAUCAGGCACCCUACAAUGCCAACAUCAGUAGGUCAGCCUAACAUCUCAGCACCGUACGCCAGCAAUCCGGCAAUGCAGCCAAACAUCCCUAUGAUGCAACGCCAGCCAAUGUUCGGGUUUGGACCGCGCUUACCACUCUCAGCCAUCCAUCCUUCCUCAUCCGCUUCAUCCCAAAACGUGAUGCUGAAUUCUGGUAUGCCAAACGCUUCUAACCCUAAUCACCACCCAUUAUUGAGAUCGACAUCAGGAAAUACUUCAAAUAUAGGUUGAGAGAAAAACAGAAAAAAAAAAUAGUUGGGUUCUGGUUGCAAUUCCGAAUCUAUGUUCUUAGUGAUUUCUAUUAGUUUUAUUUGUGCCAUUUUGCAGUGUUAGCGUACAACAUAUGCACAAAUAUAUAUAUAUUUUUUUGCUUUAAAUGAAGAAAAGCUCAGGAAGAAGUAGCUUUGUUGUAGGAUGACCAAGAAAGCGUCAACCUCCAAGUCUGCUAAUGAAUACAAUUAUUCAUCUCAUAUCUAAUUUGUCGAA